AUGGUUCACAGUCGACAUCUCCACUGGGUACUGGCGGAGAGCUGUCCACAGUCUUCGGAGUACUGCCUGCAGUGUUCGGAGUACUGGACGCCUCUGGGAACUACACUACUCAUGCUUUCGUGUGGCCGGCACAAGGAUGGGACGUAAUUACUGCUGAGUUCCAUGUGUGCUUGGCUACACAGGCCUCUAUCGAGCGACUAUUUUGGGUAGCGUGGCAAGCGGAGACCUGGACAGGACCCAUGUCCGUGGCAGUCUUUGUGCCGGGUUCCGAGUAUGCUGUGGCGGCUGCCAUGGUAUCCUACUUGCGACGUUGUUUUCCCAACGUUCAGGAAAAAGUAUCAUUCCACUUGGUGCACCCCAGAACACGGCCUCCCCGUUCAUCGCCAAUCCCAGAGUUGCUUGAUCUCAGCUGUGACGAUCCUGAGGAAUCCAACAAGAUCUUAAUGAGUCUUAGGGACGAGAAUGAGACGAGGGAGCGCCGCUAUCCACAGAACUUAAUGAGGAACUUGGCUAGAAGGACGUGUCAGUGUGAGUACUCCCUCACCAUCGAUAUUGAUAUGCUAACACCGCCAUAUAUGUCUGAAAAUCUCACCAAAUUCCUCUCUGGAGGGACUGAUGGGACUCCAUGCUGGAAGUGUGCUUAUGUGAUCCCUGUGUACGAGCUAGACACUUCAGUUGAAUAUCCUCCUGAUGAUAAGAAGGAAUUGCUUAGACUUCUCCUGAAGGGCCUAGCACGACGCUUCCACAUUAAGGUAUACGCAAAGAACCAGGGUAACUCCCACCUGGAGUACUGGGAGGUGGAGCCAGGUAGUGGGUCGCCACAGGACUACACAGUGCUGUACAAUAUCACCACUUUUGAAGAGUUCUGGGAACCUGUGCUCAUCCUGCCCUACACAGCGCCGCCCUUCGAUGAGAGAUUCAUCGGCUACGGCUUUACCAGAAACAGUCAGGUGUAUGAGUUACAUUGCCGUGGUUACCAGUUCAGAGUUCUAGACAAAGCCUUUCUCACCCACCGAGGCUUCCAGACCACCACGUCAUACACCCCAACUCGCUUUGCUCAGAUUGAGAUCAACCGGCUGCGCUACCAGAUGUUCAAGAGAGAGCUCCACGCCCGUAUGGGUCUUCCCCCACCACCCGCUCUAGGAGGACCGCCUCUCCGCCAGCAGCUACCCGCCCUUAUCUUUGGCAAGCCUCGCACCCGCCUCCCGCCACCCAAAAUCAUUAAUUCCUCCAAGAAACACUCUAAUCUGCCUCACAACAUCCUCACCUUCCCCAGGAAAACCCCCAACCUGGCCAAAAACACAAAAAGCUGAAGCCAGUCCAGGAAGCUUCACUCAGGGAGGAAGACCAUGGUAGACCUGGUGUUUAUAGUUGGAGAUGUUGAUGGAGAUGAUGUUACUGGAGGUGUGGAUGGAAGAGAUGAUGCUGGAGGUGUGGAUGGAAGAGAUGAUGCUGGAGGUGUGGAUGGAAGAGACGAUGCUGGAGGUGUGGAUGGAAGAGAUGAUGCUGGAGGUGUGGAUGGAAG